AUGGUUCAAUAUCAAAUUCAAGACACGGACAACCGCACCCAGGGCCGCCUGGCUCUGGUGACGGGUGCAAGCGGUGGUAUCGGUUCGGCCGUCGCACAUAGCCUGGCUGCAGAGGGCUGCGAUGUUGCGUUGCACUAUUCUUCAAGUCAGAGCAAGGCAGAGGCUUUGGCCCAAGAGCUUCGCACAAAGUACCCCUUGCAACUCUUUCACCACUUCCAAGCAGAUCUCUCAUCGCGAGAGUCGACUCGGAACCUCGUGCCAAGCAUCUUCGCCAACAGCGAGGUCGCCCAAAAGCACAAGGCCAUCUCGAUUCUAGUCGCUAAUGCAGGCCUCGGACGCCGCAUUCGCGAUCCCGCCGACAUUGGCGAGGAUGACUGGGACGAGAUGAUGGAGGUCAACGCUCGCAGUCAGUUCGUUGUCACCAAGGCUUGUCUCCCGGGCAUGCGCGCUCAGGGAUGGGGUCGCGUGGUGUUGGUGGGCAGCAUCGCGAGCCGGGGAGGCGGUAUCAACGGUUGCCAUUAUGCGGCUACCAAGGGUGCGCUCUGCUCAAUGGGUCUCAACUUGGCAACGCUUUUGGCCCCGGAAGGAGUUACCGUAAACAUCGUUUUGCCCGCCAUGAUCGGGGCAACUGGCAUGAUCGCCACGCCAAAGUCAAAGACUUGGGACAGCAAAGACGAUCUCGAGGCUUUGAGAGCCACGGAUCCCGGGCUUGCAAUCGCCGCGAGUGUUCCGGUUCACCGUCUCGGAGCCCCUGAAGAAGUAGCAAACGUUGUCAAGAUGUUCGCCAAAACAGGAUACUUGACAGGCCAGGAGAUCGUCCUCAGCGGAGGUCUAAAGUAG